GCGCACGGGAACCGUACGAGCAUGAGAUACGUUGCCAAAUCCAAAACCCAGGCUCCCACGCUGCCAUUUCGCACAAAAACUCCGGAGGUUCAUUCUCCCGCCAGUUCCCGCAUCUCUUUGAGGCUUCCACCUCACCGUCAUCGGCGCGCCCGCAUCCCGCUGCCCUCCGAUGACGCCAUCCUACAACUCUGGCCCCGCAGGCCCCGCCGGGGGUCGUAGGGCGGCGACCUUCGCCGGCGCUUGUGUGUUUCUGUCGCGGAAUCUGGUUGCCCCCGAGGUGUUCGACGCCGUGCACGACGCGCUCCGCCUCAACGGUGCCGAGGUCCUCCUUUGCGCCGACCCUAGCCGCACGGGACCCCUCGACUUCCACGUCAUCUCAUCCUCCUCCCACGAGAGAUUCGCCGAUAUGCGGUCCAAAGGCUUGAAUUUGCUAGGACCACAGUGCAUUCUUUCCUGUGCUAAAGAACGUCGCUUUCUACCUAAACAAAGUUAUACGUGUUGUCUUGCAAUGGAUGGGGUUAAAACACUUUGUUCAGGCUUUGAAAAGUCUGAGAAGGUUAGGAUUGAAGAACUAGUAACAGCCAUGGGAGGUCAUUUGCUAACUAAACACUCUAUGGACGUGAAUUUUGUAAUCGUGAAGGAUGUCUUGGCUGCCAAAUAUAAAUGGGCUCUGAAUACUUUGAAGAAGCCCAUUGUCACCAUGAAGUGGUUAGAGCAAUGCUGGAUUGAGCAUCGUGUUGUGCCUCAUGAACCUUACAGGAUUCUUCCCUUUACUGGGUUGAAUAUCUGUGUCACUAAACUGGAUCCAGAUGAACGGAAGAAGUUGGAGAAAAUAGUAGUGCGGAAUGGUGGCCAGUUUUCUGCCUGUCUCACACGGAAGUGCACCCAUUUAGUAGCAAAUAAACCUGGAGGUGACAAAUAUGUCAUGGCCCAAAAAUGGGGUAAUAUUUACAUUGUGAAUCCAAAAUGGGUUGACCAAUCUGUUGCUCGAAGAGCUUGUCAAGAUGAAAAUAGCUACCUCGUUUGUCAGACUUCAUCUGCCUUUAGUGGUUCAAAGAGUUCCCAUAAGGAGCAACAAAAUCCGGAGAUCAGUAGUGCAAGUGCAAGCUUUCAACCUGUUCCAGCAACAUCAGUUGAUGAUUCAGUAUCAAUGUCACAACAUUUGCCUGCUUCAUUUGGUGAUGCUUCACGGAUCAGCAGCACUGAUAUUGUUGGUGCACCUAGUGUCCAAGAGACAGAUGACAUGCAGGUUGAUAGUCAUAUUGCUGAGGACUCAGAGCCAGAAAACGAUGAUCUAUAUUUAUCAAAUUGUCGAAUUUCUCUGGUGGGUUUUGAAGAGAAAGAGUUGUUAAGGCUUGUCAUGCUGAUACGUAAUGGAGGUGGAUCCCGGCAUAUUUUGCUAAGUGAGAAGCUUACUCAUAUUGUUAUUGGUACACCUUCAGAUGAGGAAAAAAAGGAGGUAAGACGUCUGGCUGCAUGGGGUGUAAUAAAUAUAGUGAAAGUAACAUGGUUAGAAGACUGCAAUAAAGCAAAAAAAGAAGUGAAAGUAUCCUCAAUGCAUAUAGCUACUGAGCUCCUCUUGAAGGGAUUUUCUCAAGUAAGCAUGGAAAAUUCUGCUGAUACACGUGAAACUAAGGUAGCCAAAAGCUCAGGUGGGAUUUUUCAUGUUCCAACUGUCAAUGACUUGCAUGAAAAACACCAUGAAAAAGGUGUGUCAUCUGAAAGGAAACCAAAAAGAGGCAAACAUGAAAACAGUAUAAGUAAAACCCGAUCAGCAGCCAGGACUGAAAAAUCAAGUCAACAGAAUGGAUUGGCCAAUGUUAGCGAGUACCAGCUCCAAUAUAAAGUAACAUCGAUAAUGAAUUCUGGAAGUAGCAGAUCAAAUAUAUUCAAAGGGAGAACAUUCAGUUUCUCAAAUUCAUUUUCUCAUGACAAGAGACCUGAGGUUGUUGAUUGGGUCAGAGAUGGUGGAGGCGUUAUGGUGGAUGACAUACACUCAACUGCUGCAGAUUUCAUAAUUGAGUGCCACGGACAAAACAGCUUGCCUUGUGACUUCUCUCAUUCACUUGUUUCAACUCAAUGGAUACGAUCAUGUUUGGAGGAGAACUGCUUACAAGAUGUUGGGAGUCAUCCUAUCUUCUCUCCUUUGCGCUGUCGCAUCCCAUUCCCAGGAUUUGAAAGCUUUCGUUUCUGUAUUUCACUUUCACAAUAUGGAGAGAAAGAAAGACAUCUGCUGAAGAACUUGUGCUUUCUACUGGGAGCUAAGUUUACAGACAAAGCAUAUAAGGGAGUAACCCAUCUCAUCUGCAAAUUUGCAAGUGGUCUUAAAUAUGAGGUUUACUCCAAAAGAGGAACUCCCACCAUUACUUCUGAGUGGCUCUAUGAGUGUGUAAAACAGGAUAAACUUCUCCCUGUUGAUCACUUUCAGCCAAAACCACUUACAUCACAGGAUAAAGAUGCUUAUCCGUGCACUGCCAGCCAAUAUUCCACACAGGCUACCAGAUUUGAUUCCUCUGAGCUGCUUAGUGGUUGUCAAGUAACAAAAAACAAUGCAACACACAAUUCUGUCAAUGAAGAAACAACUAUGCCUGCUGUUAGUAGAAAGAGAAGAAUAUCUGUUCCUGGUAAGGUUAACGGUAUUUGUGGAAACAUCGAAAAAACUGAGAAACAACUCGACAAUAGCUCUGUCCCUGAUGUCGCAGAUGCCAUAGAGGUUCUAUCAUCCAAGAUUCAGGAUGUGCAAUCUCCGAGGAGUAUAUUUCAACCUGACAAUUCUGUUGUUCAAGAGCAGAAAGAUACACACUCCUUUGACAUUUCAAGGAGCUGGCUGAACAUGCAACAGAAGCAAGAUAGCACCUCUGUCACAAAGGUUCAAAACUUAAACUCUGUACCAGUCCCCUCCCCAGCUCCUACUACUUACUACCCUUUCAGUGAGACGCAGACAGAAUCUCAGGUCGUUGGAUACGAAGAAGAUUUAACAGGCAGGCAGAAGAUCAUAGACAGGGUUCGGUCUCAGAGCAUUAAUGUGACUCCGUCGAGUGAGAUUCUUUAGUUGUGGAGGCGAACCAUAACUUCUCCCAGAUCUGACUGUCAAAUUGCGAUAGGGAAGAUGUGUUAUGAAAUCUGCUUGUUGUGCCAUGUCGGCUUCAAAUUAAGCAGCAUGAAUGGAGUCUACGAAUGUGGAGUCGUAUUCCUAGCCAGAUGACCCGCGCAGCAUAAAUCAAGAAGAUUUCCAUUGCAUGGCAUUCGAUGAACGGAACCUCGCGCUAUUACAUCGUGAUCUUGUGGAUGUAACCACCCUUGUUUGUAGAACUGACAGACACUAAACGCCUGUGAUCCGUUUGGUCCUGUACAUUAACAAUCUUGUACACUAUACAAGAGCAGGUAAAGGAGUUAUAUAUAUAUAUAUAUAUAUAUAUAUAUAUGGGUAUGAACAGAUGUAACAGUUCAUUUUUGAUUUAAUGCUCAAUUAGUCGAGGUA